GAAUGGCACAGAAAGCAGAAAAAACUCCGUCUACAGAGAGCCAAGCAGCCGAUGGCUCCGGCCCCAAGUCGGCCCUCCGAAAGACAGCAUCCGCCGACGCCACCAAGAAGAAGAAAACCAAGAAAUCCAAUGAGGAUGCCAUGAACAAGGUGUACACGAACCUGCUGAACAGCGUCUUCGGACAGGAGCGAGAGCUGUCUCAGCCAGAGCUGGAUGAGCUGGCCGAGGCCUUCAAAGAGUUUGAUUACGAUCAGGACGGCUAUCUGAACUAUAAGGAUCUGGCCGAGUGCAUGCGGACGAUGGGCUACAUGCCCACAGAGAUGGAGCUGCUGGAGAUCAUCCAGCAGAUCAAGAUGAGGCUUGGAGGUCUGAUGGAUUUCGAUGAUUUCUGUGAGUUGAUGGGUCCCAGGAUGAUGGUGGAGACGGCGGAUAUGCUGGGACUCAAAGAGCUCAAAAGCUCCUUCUGUCAGUUUGACACUGAUGGCGAUGGGAAGAUCUCUCUGGACGAGAUGAAGGAGGCAGUCAAGACACUGUUAGGAGAGAAACUCAAGAAAGGAGAGCUGGAGGAGAUCCUGAAGGAGCUGGACCUGAACGGAGAUGGAACCGUGGAUUUCGACGAGUUCGUGAUGAUGCUGUCGGUGCGAUAACUCCCUCUUCUACGGCCCUCAUCCAACAGCAGACGAUACGAGGAGACUGGAAAUAUCUUUAUAACAGACGGUUCUGCA